UUUACCGACGCCUCAGCCGCUUUACUUAUACGGCUCCACGCUUUCCUUUCGUGUUCUAAUAAGAAAGCCCUAAUUCCUUCUCCAUACCCACCACUAAGGAUUACCCCGGAGGCAGGCGAUCAAUCAUCCUCACUUGAGCAAUCGUUUCUUUUUCUCGCGGCAAACGAAGAAAUCCAUGGCGAAGAGCUCUUUCAAGUUGGAACACCCUCUUGAGAGGAGACAAGCUGAGGCAGCUCGCAUUAGGGAGAAGUAUCCUGAUAGAAUUCCUGUGAUUGUUGAGAAGGCUGAGAGGAGUGACAUACCAGACAUUGACAAGAAGAAGUACUUAGUUCCUGCUGACCUUACUGUGGGACAGUUUGUUUAUGUUGUUCGGAAGAGGAUUAAGCUAAGUGCAGAAAAGGCCAUCUUCAUUUUUGUGAAGAACACCCUUCCUCCUACAGCUGCUAUGAUGUCUGCAAUCUAUGAAGAGAACAAAGAUGAAGAUGGCUUCCUCUACAUGACUUACAGUGGUGAAAACACCUUCGGUUCUGCCUUCUAAGCCAUCGUGAAGAUCUCUCUAUGAGACCACAAAAAUAAAUGUGUACAUUCCCACUUAUCUCAUCUCUCUUUCCAUUUGCUCUCCAUCUUCCAGUUAUGAUGUCUCCCUGCAAUAUUUUCCUGGUUCUGCUUUUAUCCUGAUUGUGUAAUGGCCUAAGUUCUUCAAAACUUUCCCAUGAAAUACUUAUAUUAAUAGUAUCUGGCAAUUAUUGAUCAUGGUUGUGUUGUA